AUGGUCAUAUGUGGGAAGAUUAUUAAUCAAAACUAAGAAUUAAGGAUUAAUAUUAACUAAAUUUUCUCAGGAGUUUCUAAAGAUUUCAUUUUUGAAUUGACUGUUCCAAAAUCUGAGAUUAAAGAUUUAUAAGAUUUUGAAAGAAAUUUAGAGAUAAUAAAUGUUUAAUUGACUGCACGCCCUGUUGAUUCAAUGUUACAAACAUUAAAAGAGAGUAAAUUAGUUUUGACUCUGUUUACAGAUAAUGAAUAAGUAGCAUAAGAUUCAGAAAUUAACGAUAACGUUGAAUUUAACUACAUCAGAGUAAAGGCAGCUUAAGCUAUAGAAGAAGCCAUCAAAUAUGCUGAUCAAAACCAAUACAAUCAAGGACAACAUGUAUUAUCAGAUAUGUUAAAAUAGAUAGAGAAAUCUCACCCUAAAAACUAGGCUAAGCUCUAAGUUCUUAAAGACGAUUUAGUUUAAUGUUAAUAAAACGUGCAACCUUAAGUGUACUAAAUUCAAGGUAAGCUCUAAGCAUAGUAACAAUGUGUUAGUCAUUAUAACUAAUAAUCAUAGGCAGUAAGAUUGAAUGAUAUGUAUUAAAUACCUCUUUAAAAAUAAAUGGUUUAAUAAUAAUAAUAGUAAAAGUAAUAAUAAAUUUGGAAUAAACCUUAAUAGUUGCCUUAAUAAUUAAUCCAGUUAUAAAAAAACCCACAAUAACAAAUCUAGUAAAUCAUUCAUGAUUAAUUCUUAUAAAUUUUGAGCUCUAUUCAAAAAUAUAUAAAAUAUGAUACAUUCCAUUUUAAUAUCUGA